AUGGGUAUGCUGAAAAAAAGAAACAAAGGACCGAGAAAAAUACCUACUCCUACCGGCCCUUACAGCGUUGGAUGUACUGAUGUAAUGACGAACUAUUCACCAAAUGGAGUUUUUAUUAGGUUGUUUUACCCAGUUAAAAAAAUUAAAAUAAAUUCUAGGUCACCUGACUGGCUACCUCACGAAAGUUACUUAGAAGGUUGUGCCAUGUUUUUCAAGAUGUGGCCACCUCUAUUCUGCAAAUACUUUCCAAAAUUUGUAGGUGACAUCUCGAUCCCAGCCAUGUGGGACGCUCCCCCUCUUCGUAUACCAGGACAGAGGUUCCCAGUUCUAGUUUUCUCGCACGGAUUAGGGGGCUGCCGGACGUCGUACACAACCAUCUGCCUCGAAAUGGCCUCGCAAGGAUAUGUAGUGGCGGCUGUAGAACACAGGGAUUAUUCUGCUUGCAUGUCGUUCUAUUACGAGCAUCAAGACACUUCCAAACCCACUAACGAACAAAAUUCCAAAGAUCUCGUAAAACGUUGGAUGUUGUUCAAGAAAGUGAAGCAAGGCAAAGGAGAGUACACUAUUAGGAAUCAACAGGUACAUCAAAGGGCAGAAGAAUGCAGUUCGGUGCUGAAUCUUCUGAACUCACUGGACUCAUCCGAACCUGUCGACAACGUUAUGGAAACCUCUCACCUUCCUCUCGAAUACUUCCAGGGAUUACUCGAUCUCGACAGAGCUUCAAUUGCAGGUCAUUCGUUCGGUGGCGCUACAGUCGUCAUGGCUAUGGCAAAAGAUAAGCGGUUUAAGGUUGGCCUCGGCUUGGACACCUGGAUGCUACCCUUGCGGGAGGAAAGUGUCUUGCUCAAAAAAGUCGAGCAACCGAUGCUAUUCAUCAACAUGGAAAAGUUCCAAACACGAAGCAACUUGAGGCUCAUGAAGCAACUGCAGACGAGUUCGACGAAAAGGCUCGUCGUCACCCUAAAAGGGACAGUCCACCUGAACCAGUGUGAUGUGCCAUUCCUGUGCGACAGGACCAUGAGGAGGCUUUUUGGAGCCCAUUCCAGUCUAGAUCGAUUUACUGCCAUGGGCCUUACAACAGCUCUAUCUCAAGUUUUUCUAGGAAAGCAUUUAGGCACUCAAAUAGAUGGAAAACAUGAAGUUUACAUACAUCAACAUCAGAAUGUAUUAAGAAAGGGUAUCUGGGUUUAA